CGAUUAGAGUGACAAUAUCAUUUACGAAUAAUACAAAUUUUAGUAUUAAGUAAGGUACCCGUUCGGUGAACACCAGUGUAAUAAACGCGAUUGUAAACAAUCAUUAUCAGUUUUUAAUACGUGUAACGUAACUACCUAUAUACUGACAUUUGCAUAUUUCAGAUGUUUUUGAAUUCCUCGAGAUUAGUAAAAAUAAUUUGCGCAUUUGCUGUACUCAUCAAUAUAAUAGUAAAUGUGGAAAGUAAAAAAUAUAUGAGAUGCGAACUGUCGCGGGAAUUGGUGGAGAAAUACCAAAUUAGUAAAACGUUUCUAUCAAAUUGGAUUUGUUUGAUUGAACAUGAAAGCGAAAGAGAUACACAAAAAAGGACUACCCUAACGAAUGGUGAAAAUAAAUACGGCCUCUUUCAAAUAAGUAGCAAAGAAUGUGGAUCAGGCAACAAAAUUCAAGCAUGUGACACGUCAAAAUUUCCAUGCUGCCAAAUGAAAUGCGAAAAUUUCUUGAAUGACGAUAUUGCCGAUGACGUCCACUGUGCAAAAAGAAUAUUUGAACUUAAAGGUUUUCGAAACUGGAAUGGUUGGAAUACGUACUGUCGCAAUACUCAAAAUUUACCAAACCUAAGCGUUGCUUGUAAUAUCAACACAGUUUCCCCAUUAUCACGAUUUCUCUCCUAUAUGAGUUCAGGUAUAAGACAAUAAUCUAAUGAAUUGUGUUAAAAAAGUUCUAGUAAAUGAUUUUUAUUUAUGCGAUUAAAAUAUAACAUUCCACAAAAUUUAAAAAAAA